CGGGAAGUAAGAGAAAAUGUUGUCAGUUCAAGACGUAGGAAUUGCAGGUCUCCUGUGCUUAUUAGUGGCCAGCGUAUGCCAGGCGGCUCCAUCUUCGCCCAUUGGUAGAGUGGUCAAUGGCACCGAUUCCAGCAUUGAACGUUAUCCAUUUGUGAUCUCGCUACGUGGUCCCUCUGGCUCGCAUUCUUGCGGUGGUUCAAUCGUUUCCCCACGAUUUGUAAUGACCGCAGCUCAUUGCACGGCCGGCCGCACCGCCGACCAGCUGACUGUCCAAUAUGGUGUGACCAAUAUCAAUGCAACUGGCCCGAAUAUUGUCGCCGUUCAAAGGAUUAUUCAGCAUGAGGAUUAUAAUCCAAAUAACCAUUAUGCCAAUGAUAUAUCCCUGUUGCAAGUGGCAGAGCCCUUUAAAUUCGAUUACGUAACCUUGGCCCCCGUUCAAUUGCCCGAAUUUGAAUUUGCCACGCCUCAAAGUGAUGCUGGUGGUAAUGGGGUCCUCGUCGGUUGGGGCUUAAAUGCUACUGGUGGCACCAUUCAGAACACUUUGCAGGAGGUUCAACUUAAGGUCUAUUCGGAUGAGGAGUGUGUAGAGCGUCACAAUGGCUCCACCGAUCCCCAAUAUCACAUUUGUGGCGGCGUCGACGAGGGUGGCAAGGGACAAUGUAGCGGCGAUUCGGGCGGUCCUCUAAUCUACGAGAAUCGACAGGUUGGCAUUGUGUCCUGGAGCAUUAAGCCCUGCACUGUGGCCCCAUAUCCUGGUGUCUAUUGCAAGGUCAGCCAAUAUAUUGACUGGAUUAAGAGGAAUCAAAUUAUAUUGGCGUAGUUAGGAGACAUGUUAACACUCAAAAUAAAUCAAAUAUAUGUAUCUAUCUA